UGACGUUACAAAUGUCAAUAAAUUUCUGUCCGAGAUAUUUGUAAAAUUUUGAUUUUAAACAAAUAUCAUUUUUUGUCGCGAACAUUUUUAUAAUACCAAAAACGGACAUUUUCUUUCUCAAUGGCGCUUCAGCUAACAACGGAGGUACAAUACAGCGAUAAUAUCAUAAAAAUACUAAAAGAUACAAAUGGUGGUGAUGCCGAGGUAACGAAAAGCUCAAUUACCAAAAUCUUGUCGCAAAUUAAACGUUUCCAAGAGAGCAUACGCAAAAAUAUUGAAGAAAAUUAUGCUGAUUUUAUGCCAAAUCAAACGGCAACCGAUGCAUACAUUGAUGAAGGUGAACAAUUAGUACGUGAAUCCGAGUAUUUGCUACAGACAGUUGGCAACGAGGCUAGUGAUGCACUGCGUCAGGCUAAUUCUGAACUUACGGCACUCAUGAAUGAAUUUCGUGAGAUGUCAUUGGGCCUGCGUGUUUCUUAUCGUAUACUCAAAGUGGACGAUCUUUUUCAAUGUAUUAAAGAGGCAAAUUCACAUAAGGAAUAUUUGGUUGUGCUGGAUCAUUUGGGCAAAUUAAAAACAUUAAUUUCAUGUGAAAGUGGCAAUGAUGUCGAUCGUGUUUUUGAAAGAUGCGAUUGCUACAACACGAUAAAAAUAAAAUAUAAAGCACAAGCAAAUAUUUUACAACAAAAUCUACAACAACGAUUCGAAGAACUUGUCGAGUUCACCGAAAAACCAUACUCAAAUGCAAAAUGUAUUACGCUACAAGUAUCGAAAGACGUAAAUCAAGUGCAAGAUAUUGUAAUGGCGUUAUUUCAAUUUCCUAACUUAUUUUUGCAGGCUCGUUAUAAUCCUGUUAAAAUGUGCGAUUUUCUGAUGGAAAAAUGUUUUGAACCAAUUAUAGUAAAACCCGUUUCGCUAGAAUGCAAUGAGGAACAUCCCGAUUACGUGCAACUUACUAUUUCCUAUUCACUAAAGGAAAUGAAUAAAAGUUUACGUCCUUCAUAUGUAAAAGUUCUUGAAAAUAUCAAACUCAUUCUACAUUGUUUGGCAAAUAUAAACGUUUCCGUUUCUAAUGAACAACAAGUAUUCUCCAUUAUAGGCGAUCACAUAAAGCAUAAGCUUUUAAAUUUACUUGUAAAUGAAUGCCUUAUGCAUGCUAUACCGAAAAAUAUGAGUGAAUACGAAGAGUCAAUGCUUGCCGAACAUGUCAUCCAAUUCGAACAUUUCCUAGCCGAUGUUUUUCUUAUAAAUGCAGAAACCGAUCGUGUCUUGAGUGAUUUCGCUGAAAAAUUUGAUGACUACUUUCGUGAACAAUUUAGUAAUAAACUUUUGGAAAGCGCAAUUGAUAUAAUGCGUAAAGAUUUACAGGAUAUGACGCUGAUUGCCGAAAAGAAUGCGCCAGAGGAAGUAUCCACAAAUCCAUUCCUAUUUCCCUGUUGCAUGGUAUCGAAAAGUACUUUGGAACUGAUUAAACUAAUGGAACGUAUACUACGUCAAUCACUGGAGACAAAGGAUGAGAGUUUUUUAAAUGUAAUUGGUAUUAUAUUGAAUUCAUAUGUGAGCGAAGUGCCGAAAAUACAUGAAAAACUGCUGGAGAGUAUACCACAGCAAUCAGCUUUGUUUUUUAACAAUUGUCAAUUCCUAGCGCAUUGGGUUACAACAAAUUCUGAAAAAGAUAUACCCACCUAUCCGGCGUUAGUAAACACAUUGCAUAUGACCGGUAGUAAAUAUUUGAAUGUACAAAUAAAUUAUCAACAAAAAAUUAUAAUGGACAUACUGAAAGAUUUUGACAUUUCCGAUGCGCAUACAGUGGGCACAGCGCCUUUAAAAUUAUUACGCCAAUGUUUGCGUCAACUAGAUUUGCUGAAAAAUGUUUGGCAAAAUGUGCUACCUGAUGCUACGUACAAUAAAACAUUUUGCGAUAUUUUAAAUGAUUUUUGCAAUGAAAUCAUUAGGCGUAUACUCGCAAUGGAGGAUAUUUCGGCAACAGUUGCUACGGAGUUGAGUGAAUUAAUUGGUGUCAUAUUGGAAAAGGUUCCAACUUUAUAUAAGUCUCAACAUGAGGUUAUACAUAUUAAAUCUUGGAUGAAACUUGAACAAUUGAAAAUUAUUCUCAACGCUUCAUUGCAAGAAAUCACCGAGCAGUGGUGUGAAGGUGCCGGCAUAUUAACCGUUAAUUAUAAGGCCGAAGAAAUUAAACAUCUCAUACGUGCACUAUUCCAAAAUACAGAACGACGUUCAAAGGCAUUAACUAAAAUUGUAUAAAUUGGUGAUCUGCAAAAAAAGAUCAAUCACAUGCGCUAUUUUUCCAAUAAAAUAUUGUAUU